AUCCCCUACUGUGUGAACAGCAAACGUCGUAGCCAUAGACAAAUCCAUUUCAUUGGUCCUUGGAUACCUAUCGGUCCUAUCCAUUUCCCACCUGGUGACGCUAUUCUCACCACCACCAGCAGUUCCCCCCUCCAACUUCGAGUACAUAUUGGCACUUACUAAAACGGUGAAUAAUCGAGCGAGCGAGAGAGAGAAAGAUACAAAUACUGUACGAGUCUUGGUCGCCAUGGACGAACAACCUUCGAGUAAAACUACGGGGAAGCCCAUCAAAUGCAGAGCUGCGGUUAGUCGCCAACCGGGUGAGCCUUUGGUAAUCGAGGAGAUCACGGUGGCGCCGCCGAUGGCACGUGAGGUUCGGAUUCGAAUCGUAUGCACCUCUCUCUGUCACAGCGAUGUUACUUUCUGGAAAAUGAAGGAUUAUCCUGCAAUUUUUCCCAGAAUUUUUGGUCACGAAGCUGUGGGGAUUGUAGAAAGUGUAGGGGAGGGCGUAGAUGAAGUAACUGAAGGAGACAGCGUCAUCCCUUUUUUCAUGUCAGAUUGUGGAGAGUGCGUAGAUUGCAGAUCAAAAAAGAGCAACCUUUGUUCAAACCUCCCUUUCAAGGUGUCUCCUUAUAUGCACAGACAUGAGACUAGCAGAUUCACUGACCUCAAAGGAGAGGUUUUAUAUCACUUUUUAUUCGUCUCAAGCUUUAGUGAGUAUACAGUGGUAGAUAUUGCCCAUGUAACAAAAAUUGAUCCAUCAAUCCCUCCAAACAGGGCAUGCCUCCUUAGCUGCGGAGUCUCAACAGGGGUUGGUGCUGCUUGGAGAACAGCAAAUGUGGAGACAGGAUCAACUGUUGCUAUAUUUGGGCUGGGGUCGAUUGGAUUAGCUGUUGCAGAAGGAGCUAGACUAUGUGGAGCUUCUAAAAUUAUUGGUGUGGAUGUGAACCCAGAUAAGUUUGAAAUUGGAAAAAAAUUUGGAGUCACAGAAUUUGUCAAUGCUGGAGAGUGUGGAAACAAAACUGUGAGCCAGGUGAUCAAUGAGAUAACUGGUGGGGGUGCAGACUAUUGCUUUGAAUGUGUUGGAUUGGCAUCCUUGGUGCAGGAAGCAUAUGCCUGCUGCCGAAAGGGCUGGGGAAAAACAGUUGUUUUAGGGGUUGACAAGCCGGGGUCAACAUUGAGCCUAAGCUCUUUUGAUGUUCUUCAUAGCGGGAAAAGCCUCAUGGGAUCCUUAUUUGGAGGCCUCAAAGCUAAAAUCGAUAUUCCCAUCCUCCUCAAACGCUACAUGGACAAGGAACUGCAGCUGGAUGAAUUUGUAACACACGAGGUAAAGUUUGAAGACAUCAACAAAGCUUUUGAUUUACUCAUUCAAGGGGAGAGUCUUCGUUGUGUAAUUUGGAUGGAUAAAUGAGGAAGCUGCUUCCAUGGAAUUUAGCAGUGGCAAGGUCCGACGAGGGCGGCAACAACAACAAGAACAAGUCCUCUAUUUACCUUCUUCUUUAUUAAUUUGAUGAGUUUAUGAAUUACAUUGGAGACUCUACUCCAUAUUGCUGUCAAUCUCUCUCGUUUAAAUCAUGUUCAUAUUAUUACUCGAUGUAAUGCAUAUUAAACUUAUUUUGUUUAAAACAAAAAAAAUUCUAUUGGUUUGUAAAGAUAUAUGCCAGCAAUCUUCGCUAA